UGCCACAGGAGGUUUUUAUUCCGGAAUGCCUCCCGUGUCUCCUGGAAUGGCGCCCGGGAACGGUGGAGAAAAAAGGAAAACCAGAGGAACGACGUGGGAACGGGGCGCGCGGCCGCCUCCGCUGUCCACGCUCCCUUGCCAUGACCACGCCCCAUUCCCGGAGCCCCCGCCCCGCAGCGCCACCUCCGGGCCGGCAGGGGGAGCCCCGCGCAGCCGCGACUAUCCGGAAAGAACCGAGCGGCGGCGGAGGCGGCCGAGGCAGGGCUGGCGGCGCGGGCGGAGCGGGCGCGAUGGCGCAGCAAGUCGAGCAGCUGCGGGCGGACGGCGUGGACAAGGAGGUGCUGCGGGAGGGCACCGGGCCGCUGCCAGACUUCCGCGACGGCACCAAGGCCACUUUCCACUACCGGACGCUGCGGUGCGGCGAUGAGGAGACUCCCGUGGACGACAGCAGGGCGCGGGGGAAGCCCAUGGAGCUCAUCGCCGGGAAAAAGUUCAAGUUGCCGGUCUGGGAAGCGGCGCUGCGAACCAUGCGGCCCGGCGAGCGCGCGCGCUUCCGCUGCGACGCCAAGCACGUGGUGCUUUACCCGCUAGUGUCCAAGAGCCUGCGGAACAUCGCAGCUGGGAAGGACCCGCUGGAGGGGCAGCGGCACUGCUGCAGCAUCGCCCAAAUGCACGAGCACUACUCCCUGGGGUACCCCGACCUCGAUGAGCUCCAGAAGAACCCCCAGCCCCUCAUCUUUGACAUUGAGGUGCUGAAGGUGGAGCCACCCGGCUCCUACCAGCAGGACCCAUGGGCCAUGACAGAUGAGGAGAAGCUCCAGGCUGUGCCCCAGAUCCACAAGGAAGGCAACGAGCUGUACCGUCAGGGCAAGGUGCCUGAGGCGGCUGCCAAAUACUACGAUGCCAUCGCCUGUCUCAAGAACCUGCAGAUGAAGGAGCAGCCAGGUUCUCCAGACUGGAUCGAGCUCGACCAGAAGAUCACACCCCUGCUCUUAAACUACUGCCAGUGCAAGCUGCAGUGUGAGGAGUACUACGAGGUCCUGGACCACUGCUCCUCCAUCCUCAACAAGUACGAGGACAAUGUCAAGGCCUACUUCAAGCGGGCCAAGGCCCACGCGGCCGUGUGGAACGUGGCCGAGGCACAGGCUGACUUCGCCAAAGUCCUGGCGCUCGACCCCUCUCUGCGCCCCGUGGUCUCCAAGGAACUGCGGAGCCUGGAAGCACGGCUGCGGGAGAAGGACGCCGAAGACAAGAUCCGCUUCAAGGGCAUCUUCUCCCAGUAGAGUCCGUGGCUGCAAGGGAGAGCCCAGUGCUCUCGGGACAGGUUCUUUUAGAUAUUCCACAUGUGGAAUGGUCAUGGAUGAUUAUUAAUGUUUAAUACAGAUUUUACUUAUUUGAUGUCAGUGGAAAUGGCCCCGGAGCUCACCAUGGCCUGGGGACGCAGCCAGGGCUCAUCGUCACGCCAGGGAUGCGUGAGUGACAAGAGCCUGCUGUUUCCUGCCAACUUUUAUCACUUAUUUGAUGUUUUUAUACUUUAUGGUGGCUAUGGAGGGGCGGCACUGAGCCUUGGCCCCAGCUUCACCCAUUCAUGCCUGUUCUCCAUGCCACCCCAUUGUCACUUCUCCAGGCUGCUGCUAUGAUCCCAAACCAGUGUCUCCUCUUGUCAUGUCAGUGUCGGGAAUAUUUUAUAUAGAGUAACAGCUUGUUCCUGCUAUCUCUAUAAAUCUCUGGUCAUGCUAUGCCAAGAUAAAUUCAAGUAAAACCAGUCACACCCCUGGUCACACAAAAA